UCUAUUGCAAGUGGGAUUCCAAUUCGAUCCGUCGCCGUGCGUAGAAAAAAUGCACAGAUAUAGAUAAAGCAGGGAGCAACGCCAGCAGAUCAGACUCAGCUAUAUCGUCGCGAAAACCGAUUAAUAUGUCAAAGGCAUUCGCUUGCGGAUCAAUUAGGCCGUGAAAAAAGCGAGUAGGAGUGAACGAAAGAGAGAGCCAGAGGCGGAGGCAGCGAAGACAAAGUGCAUUUUCAGGGCGUGUUUGUGCCCCCUCCCCCUCAGCCUCCCAGUUGUCGACAAAAAGUUUGCCGACACAAAGUUUGCCAAACAUGCUGCAAAUUCGCAAAUUCACCUGAGCGGCCAAUAUAAUAACAAAUAAGAAAAAUCGCAAACUUCCUUUUCUGUAUUUGUAUUUGUAUGUGCGUGAGUGUCUCCAAUCUUUUUGUCUACUCCAAAAUCGCAGAAAGAGAAAAAAAAUGUGUGCGUGUAUGUGUGUGAAAUAAAUUAAAGCAAAGCAAAAGGCAAACGGCAAAUAAUUGAGCAAAAAGCCAAGAGAGAAAAAAUAAAUAGUAAUAGUAAGCGAAAUAGCCGAAGGAGGAGGAGCCGACGAAGGGCAGAGAGGAGGAGAGAGAAAAGUGUACAAGUUGUUGUUGCUGCGCAAGAGCGAAAACCACCCACUGGCAAAUGGGGGCUCAGCAGGGCAAGGACAGGGGCGCCCACUCAGGGGGUGGCUCAGUUGCCCCCGUCAGCUGCAUCGGUUUGUCCAGCAGCAGCAGUCCAGUGGCGUCCGUCUCCCCUCACUGCAUCUCCAGUUCCAGUGGCACUAGCAGUGCCCCCCUUGGAGGGGGCUCCACACUCCGAGGAUCCCGAAUCAAGUCCUCGUCCGUUGGCGUAGCCAGUGGCGUCAACGCAGUGGGGUCCGGAUCCGGUCUGAGUCAAAGGAGCGGGGGUCACAAGGAUGCUGCUCGGUGCAAUCCCACCGUGGGUCUCAACAUAUUCACCGAACAUAACGGUACCAAGCACAGCUCUUUUCGCGGCCAUCCAGGCAAAUAUCACAUGAACUUAGAAGCCCUGCUGCAGUCGCGUCCAUUACCUCACAUUCCGGCCGGCAGCACGGCGGCCUCGCUUUUGGCGGAUGCGGCUGAGCUGCAGCAGCAUCAGCAGGAUUCCGGCGGACUGGGACUGCAGGGCUCGUCGCUGGGCGGCGGUCACAGUUCGACCACAUCAGUGUUUGAGUCCGCACACCGGUGGACCUCCAAGGAGAAUCUACUGGCCCCCGGACCCGAGGAGGAUGAUCCGCAGCUGUUUGUGGCCCUGUAUGAUUUCCAGGCCGGCGGCGAGAACCAGCUGAGUCUGAAGAAGGGCGAACAGGUGCGCAUCCUGAGCUACAACAAAUCGGGGGAGUGGUGCGAGGCGCAUUCGGACUCCGGAAACGUGGGAUGGGUGCCAUCCAACUAUGUGACGCCGCUCAAUUCGCUGGAGAAGCACUCCUGGUAUCACGGCCCCAUCUCGCGCAAUGCCGCCGAGUAUCUGCUGAGUUCCGGAAUCAACGGAAGCUUCCUGGUUCGCGAAAGCGAGAGCUCACCGGGUCAGAGGAGCAUCAGUCUCAGAUAUGAGGGUCGCGUCUAUCACUAUCGCAUAUCGGAGGAUCCCGAUGGCAAGGUCUUCGUCACCCAGGAGGCCAAGUUCAACACUCUGGCGGAGCUGGUGCAUCAUCAUAGCGUGCCCCACGAGGGCCAUGGCCUAAUUACACCGCUCCUGUAUCCGGCGCCCAAGCAGAACAAGCCCACAGUCUUCCCGCUGAGUCCCGAGCCGGAUGAAUGGGAGAUUUGCCGGACGGACAUCAUGAUGAAGCACAAACUGGGCGGCGGGCAGUACGGCGAGGUGUACGAGGCUGUCUGGAAGCGGUACGGCAAUACGGUGGCUGUUAAGACGCUCAAGGAGGACACCAUGGCGCUGAAGGACUUCCUCGAGGAGGCGGCCAUAAUGAAGGAGAUGAAGCACCCCAAUCUGGUGCAGCUCAUAGGUGUUUGCACACGGGAACCGCCGUUCUACAUCAUCACCGAGUUCAUGUCGCACGGCAAUCUGCUGGACUUCCUGCGCUCCGCCGGCCGCGAGACGCUUGAUGCGGUGGCGCUGCUCUAUAUGGCCACGCAAAUAGCAUCGGGAAUGAGCUACCUGGAGUCGCGCAACUACAUCCACCGCGAUCUGGCCGCCCGCAACUGUCUGGUGGGCGACAAUAAGCUUGUCAAGGUGGCGGACUUCGGGCUGGCGCGCCUGAUGCGGGACGACACGUAUACGGCGCAUGCGGGUGCCAAGUUCCCGAUCAAGUGGACCGCUCCGGAGGGACUGGCGUACAACAAGUUCAGCACCAAGUCGGACGUGUGGGCCUUCGGGGUGCUUCUGUGGGAGAUCGCCACGUACGGGAUGUCGCCGUAUCCGGGCAUCGACCUAACCGACGUGUACCACAAGCUGGAGAAGGGCUAUCGCAUGGAGCGGCCCCCCGGCUGUCCGCCGGAGGUCUACGACCUGAUGCGCCAGUGCUGGCAGUGGGAUGCCGCCGACCGGCCCACGUUCAAGAGCAUACACCAUGCGCUGGAGCACAUGUUUCAGGAAUCGUCCAUCACCGAAGCGGUCGAGAAGCAGCUGAACGCCAACGCCACCAGCGCGAGCAGCUCCGCUCCGAGCACAUCGGGCGUGGCCACCGGCGGAGGAGCCACAACCACGACGGCGGCCAGCGGCUGCGCUUCCUCAUCCUCGGCCACCGCCUCGCUCAGCCUCACACCGCAGAUGGUGAAGAAGGGUCUGCCCGGCGGUCAGUCCCUCACGCCGAACGCCCACCACAACGAUCCGCACCAGCAGCCGGCCAGCACGCCCAUGUCAGAAACCGGCUCCAGUUCCACCAAGCUCAGCACCUUCUCCAGCCAGGGAAAGGGCAAUGUCCAGAUGCGUCGCACCACCAACAAGCAGGGCAAACAGGCCCCAGCACCACCAAAGCGCACCAGCCUGCUUUCGAGCAGUCGGGACUCCACUUACCGCGAGGAGGAUCCUGCCAAUGCACGAGGCAAUUUCAUCGAUGACCUCACCACUAAUGGUAUACACAAAUUCAAAACUGCCAAUAGUUUCAGCCAGACCCUAUCUAAAAAUUUCAAGACCCAAAUUCCAACACACCACACACACCAAAUACGUACACAACAACAACAACAACAACAACAGUUCGUACAGCAACAAUCCGUACCACUGCCAGUACAGCAACAACAUCAACAACAUCAACAACAACAACAACAGAAACAACAACAGUAUUCCAUUAAGAAAUCGUCCUCCUGCAGUAGCUUUCUUUACGACAUCCUAUUUCGAGGACUCGCACGUGACAUCAACAGUUUGACACAGCGUUAUGACUCGGAAACGGAUCCUGCAGCCGAUCCGGACACAGAUGCCACGGGUGAUAGUCUGGAGCAGAGUUUGAGCCAAGUGAUCGCCGCUCCUGCCACCAACAAGAUGCAGCAUUCUCUCCACGGCGGCGGCGGCGGUGGAGGAGGUAUUGCUCCUCGAUCAUCGCAGCAGCACAGCUCGUUUAAGCGUCCGACUGGGACGCCAGUGAUGGGCAACCGGGGUCUGGAGACCCGCCAAAGCAAGCGCUCGCAGCAGCAUCCGCAAACCAGUGCUCCACCACCGCCAGCAACUCAAGCGCAUCAUGGCAACAACGGAGUGGUGGCCAGCGCUCAUCCCAUCACCGUGGGCGCACUGGAGGUGAUGAAUGUGAAGCGGGUGGUGAAUCGCUACGGCACGCUGCCCAAGGUGGCCAGGAUCGGUGCGUAUCUGGACAGUUUGGAGGACAGUGGUGAGGCCACUACUGCUCCUCCGCCAGCCACUGCUCCUGCUCCGCCGCCAGCCAACGGACAUGCCACACCACCGGGGGCCCGGAUCAAUCCCAAGACCAGCCCCAUUGCGCCACAGCAAAUGAUAAGGAGCAACUCCUCAGGCGGAGUGACCAUGCAGAACAAUGCGGCGGCCAGUCUGAACAAGCUGCAGCGCCAUCGCACCACCACCGAAGGCACCAUGAUGACAUUCUCCUCCUUCCGGGCGGGUAACUCCAGCAGUUCACCCAAGCGGAGUGGCUGUGGAGUGGGUCCUGUUGGCGCCCAGCCGGCUCUUGCCAAUCUGGAGUUUCCGCCGCCACCGCUGGACCUGCCUCCACCCCCCGAGGAAUUCGAGGGUGCACCACCACCUCCUCCUCCGGCGCCCGAGAGCGCUGUGCAGGCCAUCCAGCAGCAUCUGCAUGCCCAGCUCCCGAACAAUGGCAAUGUCAGCAAUGGAAACGGCACAAACAACAACGACAGCAGCCACAACGAUGUGAGCAACACUGCGCCCAGUGUGGAGGAGGCCAGCUCCAGAUUUGGUGUGUCCCUGCGAAAGAGGGAGCCCUCAACCGACUCCUGCAGUUCGCUGGGCAGUCCGCCCGAGGAUCUCAAAGAGAAGCUGAUCACCGAGAUCAAAGCGGCCGGCAAGGAGAGUGCUCCGGCCUCGCAUCUAGCCAAUGGCUCUGGUAUCGCAGCCGUGGAUCCCGUCUCUCUGCUGGUCACCGAGCUGGCCGAGAGCAUGAAUCUGCCCAAGCAGCCGCAGUCGCAGCCGACGCUGCCACAGCAGCAGCAGCAGAAGCUGACCAAUGGCAACGGCUCAGGAACCGGAUCCGGAUCUGGAUUCAAGGCUCAGCUCAAGAAAGUCGAACCCAAGAAAAUGAGCCCGCCAAUGGCCAAGGCGGAGCCGGCCAGUAGCAUCAUCGACUUCAAGGCACACCUGCGACGGGUGGACAAGGAGAAAGAGCCGUCGGUUCCAGCACCGGCACCCGCAGCGCCCCAACUCGUAACCAACAACGCCAACACGGGCACUCUGAACCGGAAGGAGGACAGUAGUAGGAAGUUCGCCCAGGCCAUGCAAAAGACUGAAAUAAAAAUCGACGUUACCAACUCGAAUGUGGAGGCGGACACGGGAGCAGCCGGCGAGGGCGAUCUCGGCAAGCGACGAAGCACAGGUAGUAUUAAUAGCUUAAAGAAACUGUGGGAGCAGCAGCCGCCGGCGCCGGAUUAUGCCAGCAGCUCGAUCCUCCAGCAGCAGCAGCAGCCAUCGGUGGCUAAUGGCGGUGGCACACCGAAUGCCCAGCUAUCGCCCAAAUACGGUAUGAAAUCGGGUGCCCUGCCAGCCAAGCCGGGCAAUAAGCCGCCUCCGGCAGCCCCACCACCACCGCCCCCGAACUGCACCAACUCCAACUCCUCCAACACCACAUCCACUAGCACCUCUAGUAGAGAUUGCACCAGCAGGCAGCAGGCCGGCAGCACAAUAAAAACCUCUCAUUCAACGCAACUCUUCACAGAUGACGAGGAGCAGUCGCAUCAGGAGGGCCCAGGAUCGGGAUCCGGAUCGGGAUCGGGAUUAGGUGGCCAAGGUCCAGCGGACAUGACCCAGUCGCUGUACGAGCAGAAGCCGCAAAUCCAGCAGAAGCCGGCGGUGCCGCACAAGCCCACCAAACUCACCAUCUACGCCACGCCGAUAGCCAAACUGGCCGAACCGGCCAGCUCCGGAUCGGCCAGCUCCACCCAGAUCUCGCGCGAGAGCAUCCUCGAGCUGGUGGGUCUACUGGAGGGCUCGCUCAAGCACCCGGUGAACGCCAUCGCCGGCUCCCAGUGGCUGCAGCUGAGCGACAAGCUCAACAUCCUGCACAACUCGUGCGUGAUCUUUGCGGAAAACGGGGCCAUGCCGCCGCACUCGAAGUUCCAGUUCCGUGAGCUGGUCACGCGGGUGGAGGCCCAGUCGCAGCACCUGCGAUCCGCCGGCAGCAAGAACGUGCAGGACAACGAGCGCCUGGUGGCCGAGGUGGGUCAGUCGCUGCGCCAGAUCUCCAAUGCGCUCAACAGGUAAAUAAUAAGACGGGGGAUGGACGCGCCCGAUCAACAUCCGGGCAUUUGGCUGGAUGCCGAGGGCAACUUCAUCAAGCGCAAGUGAUGGGCCCCAUCUGCAGUGACCCAAUCAUCAUCCAACCACACCAUCCCCCGUGGAAGCGGAAAUGGAGCCGAAGACAGAGACGGAGACAGCGAGGCUGAGCCGGAAACAGCGAGGCUGAGCCGGAAACAGGAAAACAGGAAUCGAAACUUCAAGCCCAGCGAAGAAGAAAGGACAACUACAGUAGCAGCAGCAACUAAAAUCGGAGGAGGACACCUAUGUAUCGUACUUGGUAGCGUGUAGCAGUAGCUUCUAUUAUACAUAUACACCCCAUAUAUAUCUAGUCAGAUCUGUGCAGAGCCCCGACGAACGCUUCCAGAAAAACAGAAAAAAACAUAAAACAAAAAACAAAACAAGAAACUUAAAUGAAAAUGAAAACAGAACGAUAAAAAACUGAAAAACAAUGAGUUGCAAAGCAAAUUUGGGUAAGGUCUCGCGGGAGGAUCCUUGUUUUUAAUUUAAAAAGUAAGGGAACCCCUCCUCCCACUCACUCAACCCCCUUUCCAACGUAUCCUCAAACGUAUUCGCGCUUCGUUUGUUUUAAUAUAGAAAGACACAAGACAUGGCUUAAGAAUGAAAGGAAAUAUAUUCAUAGAAUAUCUCAAUAAACUUAGUAAUUACAAA